AUGUAUACGGACGGGCGUCUCACCGGUGACCGCCUAGUAGCAAUCAUUAAAUGUCUAAUUGAUCUAAUCGAUGCUCCGAUAGAAUUCUCUCAACAUAUAUCCUAUGAAACAUGGAUAGCUGGCUUUUGUAUGACUUUGAUCACUUUCAACCAUCAUGAACUCUUGCUGAAAGUGAUUGAUGAAACGACUUCAUUGCUUAUUGAUUAUUUAUUUUUGACGAGAACAGCUGAUAAUGCUUGCCAGAUCCUCUUCUGGUUCGUACGUUAUGAUAAACGUCUUCAAACGUUUCGCUCGGUUGUGGAUCACUUGGCCAAUCUUUUCGAAAAACUCAAGACUAUUCCAAAUGAAGAAUUGAAAACGAAAUUAAUCGAAUUGUGUCAGAUGGGAAUCGUUCUUCAUCCAGAAUAUGAUAUAUCCAAUGAAAGUAUCUUAAAACAAAUAAUUCAUAGUGUUCCACAGCCAGAUUUGAAUAUUUUACUCAAUCAUAAAAAUUUUCACAGCAGAUUACACUCGCUGAACAUGGAAAACGAUCAGAAGAUUAAGAAUCGUGUAGGAAUUAGUAAUCUAGGAAAUACAUGUUACGUCAAUUCAGUUUUGCAAGCAUUAUAUCAGUGUGGCCUAUUUCGAAAGUACGUGCUAGAACAACGGUUUGAUGAACGGGUCGUUUUGAGAGAAUUGCAACUCAUUUUUGCUGAACUUAAUCUGUCCAAACGAGCAUAUAUCAACGCAGUUAAUUUCGUGAGAAUUGCUCGUCCAACGUGGUUUACAGUCCAUGAACAACAGGAUUGUGCCGAAUUUCUCGGUUAUUUACUCGACACGAUGAAAAAUGAAGAAAAAGCUCUCUCGUCAAAUGAAAUUCAUCGUCUUUUUACGAUUCAGACCUGUCAGAGGAAUCGCUGUCAACGUUGUUCAAUUGAAUCUUACCGAGAAGAAUCGAGUAAUUACCUCUUCUUACCCAUUCCAUCAUCAGAUCGUUCUCAGGAUAAUUACAACUACAAUCAAUCAGCUACACCUAUAUCAGUAAUGAAGAAUGGAUUGAAAUUCUAUACGGCAUCGAAUGGAAACUCUUUAACAAGUAGUACGUUGCCGUUGUGUGACACAGCAAUGAAUUCAUUGAAUUUACAAACUGUUUUUGAUUGUUAUUUUCAAAAAGAAGAAUUGGAAAAUGAAAAUCAAUACCGCUGUGAGCAUUGCCGAUCAUUACAAAAUGCCGAACGGUCCAUCGUCCUUCAAACAACGCCAGAAUACUUAAUUCUAUCAUUGAAUCGUUUUGAAUACGAUAAGCAAACAAAUAUCUUUCGUAAAGUUUUCACCAAAAUGAACUAUCCAAAACUUCUCAACGUUCACGUAUAUCCGCCCGGAGCAAUCCCUCUUCUCACGAAAUACAAUCUUCUUCUCAUCAUCGUUCACACUGGUUACACGCUUCACGGCGGACAUUAUUAUGUUUAUGCGAGAGACAUCAAAUCAUCAAUAAGCGAAUCCGAAGAACAAAAUGAUGAAUGGUUUUUAUUGAACGAUGAUCUAGUUACAUCGUCGUCGUAUGAAGCCAUGAUGGAGAAUUGUGCUCAGUACACGUCAGCUACACCUUACGUUCUCUUCUAUAAACGCAUCGGUCAACAGCAGACAGAAGAGACUCCACAGAUACAUGUUCGCGAAAGUUUAAUCCGACAGAUGCGAGAAGAUGACAGUAAUUAUGAACGUGAGAUAGAGAAGUAA